AUGGCCAGUUUUCCCAGUGCCCAACAACUUUCCCACUCCAGCCCUGUUUGUAUGCAUCAUUUUUGCUUAAAAAUUAACAGCUCCGGAGAGAUUACGCACUCUUCAUCUCUUCCAGGGUUCGAAGGUCCUAUAUUCACCUCUGAAUUCGGUAAUUGGCUCGUACAAGCUACGGGGGCUAGUAUAACCUGUGAUCAUGCCUUCGUUGGGCCUCCCGAGAAUCAUCAAGAAGUACAGUUGCCAGUAAGAGAUAGAGAUGAUUCACUGCCCCCAGACUCGGAGAGGCCCUGUAAGAGGAGUCAUUCCUCUACUGAGCUAGAUGAGCGUGUGGAUAUGGUACCCCUUCGGAUAGGGAAUGAGGAAGAGGUUGAGGCAUACUACGAUUUUGCCUUCAGAGCAUUCAACCAGAUCAACUGUCGCCAGAUCGCGAAGGCCUACAUCAAGGUCAUCGAGCCAUGCAAGAAAGUCAAGUACCCUUAUAAUGGGCGGCGAGGACAAUCGAAUGAGGAGAGAGACCCGGAGAAAACCAAACCAGACUGGUGGCCAAUGGGCGUUGUUCACCGUGAGCCCGAUCACUUAAAGAAGCCAGACCGUAUACGCCUUCUUGUCCAUAUCUUCCGCAAGCUUGGUAAGACGCAUAACAUAACUGUUGACAUGCUUGAGGAGGCUGGAUCUGCUGUUCAGAGUCAAAUAAAACCUCGCGAUCGACUUAGUAUUCUAGAUGAGAUUUACAAGGUUCGAAGAGCGGAAGAGUGCUUCGAGAGUGGCAAAAAGGGUGCUAAUAUGGCUACAGAUGCGAACUCUGUGGUUUACGUAGUCGACUGGGGCACGAAACCCGAAGAGACCCCGCAAACCAGAGGCACCCAUCCUUCAAUGCCAAAUGCAUAUGAACCCGUGGGAGAAAUUAAGAAACAGAAUGCAAAGCGCCAAAAUCUAUUACCAUCGCCUUAUAUCAUCAGCGACGUAGGGGAGGUAGCUGCAGAGCAACCCGGGUCAAUCCUUGUCGACCCAUCCCCUAAGCUAUACGGCGCUGGAGAACAAUGGAACCCCGAGCUACAGUUACGCAGUGCCGUCGAAUACUUUCCACCGGCUGUCGCAGAAGACCAGAACCACCAGUGGCUCAAUGAGACCACCGAGCGCGGGUUCCAAGGCUGCAUUGUUGUUCCCCCUAAGAGCUAUAGCUUAAGUAGAGACCCAAAAUACAUGCCCCCAGCUUACCCCGUGGACCAACAUUGUGACCAAGGAGUUUACACCACGCCAAUGCCGACGGUCACCGCGGGAUGCUUUCAACCAGAAAAUAUGCCACAAGUUUAUGUGUGA